UUCAGGUUGUGUAAACUUUAUAAAACGUUGACAGAGCUAUAAGCAGGGAAACAUAGAAGGUAAAAGCAGAGACACGAUCCAAUAAAUAAUCAAAUCCAGCUGUUCAUCUACACAGAUACAGAAUUAUUAUCAUGACGUCAUGUGACUUGAGCUUUUACUUUGUAAAAUCCGGAAGCUGACCUUUCAGAAUAAAACCUAACGAAAAGCUCUCAAGAGUAACUGGAACUAGAGUUCUGCUCAGUACCAGAACUGCAGUUCACAAGUACUGUACUGUCCUGAUGGAGACUUUAUCAUUAUGUGGUGAUGACACGUGACUCUGCGGUCCUUCGGGUCUGACGUCACCCCCACCCCCAGUCCAUGAUGGAGUGAGGAGGAGAUGGGGAUCGUGCGGUGCCUUCCUCACCGACACCAGAACCUCCUGCUCGGUCCCAGCGUCCCUGGCCCGUUCGGUGGAGGAGGCGGGCGGGCUGAAGGAGGAGAAGGAGCAGAGGAAGACGACGCGUCGCUCCACCAGCUGAGGUGUGAAGGAGGAGGAGGUGUUUCAGGAGCAGAAAACAUCAGACACUCCAGGAUUACAGAACCGCAUCCACCGCAUCCACCGCAUCCACCGCAUCCACCGCUCCUGCCGCAUCCACCGCAUCCACCGCAUCCACCGCUCCUGCCGCAUCCACCGCUCCUGCCGCUCCUGCCGCUUCUGCCGCUCCUGUCGCUCCUGCCGCUGUUGCGGAAACAUGAAGACGCCGCACCGCGCGGCGGCCGCGGCAGCUCGAUCCAACCGGAGCUGAACCGUUGAAGAUGAGCGAAGACCCGCGGCCAGACGAUGACAGCUACAUCGUUCGGGUCAAAGCAGUGGUGAUGACCAGGGAUGAGUCCAGCGGCGGCUGGUUGGCGCUGGACGGCUGCCUGAGCAGGGUGGGGGUCUGCAGGCUGCUGCCCAGCGAGCUGCAGGGACGCAACAGCUUCCUGAUCCACGGAGAGCGGCUCACAGACCGACAGGUGAUUCUGGAGUGUUUCUUGAAAAAAGACCUGGUCUACACAAAAGCCAAUCCAACGUUCCAUCACUGGAAGGUAGACAACAGAAAGUGUGGCCUGACCUUCCAGUGCUCCUCUGAUGCUCGAGCCUUCGAUCGCGGGGUGAGGAGGGCUCUGGAGGACCUGGCAGAAGGUUCCACAACAUCUUCAUCCACGCUGCAGAAUGAAGCAGAGCUCGGGGAUGAUGACGUCUUCACGACGGCCACUGACAGCUCGUCCAACUCGUCUCAGAGGAGAGAACCCACCAUGCACGCGUUGGCUCCGGCCCAUUUCUGCGAACCGCGUCGGCACCACUGCAUCCUGGGACAUUUCUACGAACAUCCCUGGCCCUCAGACCACUACUUCCUGGACCCGGCGAUGCACAUCUUUCCUCGUCAUGCCAACUUCCCUUUGGAGGAGGAGGAGAUUGUUCGCAUCAGCCCUCGUGGGCGAACCUGGCUUACCGGCUAUGAGGACUAUCGGCACGCCAACUCCACGCGUGACAAACUCACGCAGCCCCACAACCCGGAUACCUGCAUGCACUUCACCAAGAGCGAACCACCCAAACAUGACUACACGUAUCCGUACCCACUGAGCUGCGGCGUGCAGCGAGGCUACGACAGCAAGCCGGGCUGCCUGGAGAUGGGCAGUGGUCGCAGGGCGGUGGUGACGCUGCAGCCGCGGCCUCCUCAGUCCAAAGCAAAGUGUCGCAUGGAGGAUGGGGAGCGUUUUCGCUGCGUUUACUGUCAGGACAUGUUUAACCGCGAGGACAAUGGGCGGGGCCAGUGCCAAGAGGCUCCUGACCCCAUUCAGACCUGUAUCCGCCGGGUCAGCUUCAUGUGGUGCGCCGACAGCCUGCUGUACCACUGCAUGUCAGAUCCAGAGGGUGACUACUCGGACCCAUGCUCCUGCGACACCAGCGAUGAGCGCUUCUGCCUGCGCUGGACGGCGUUGAUCAGCCUGUCGCUGGUGGCGCCCUGCAUGUGUUGCUACGCCCCCCUGAGGGCGUGCCACCGCUGUGGAGUGGCCUGUCACUGCUGUGGCGGGAAACACAGAGCCGUGGGGUGAUUCACCACAAGCCCCUUCCACUCCACAGAGACCACACGGAAACCAAUGCCGCUGUUAUUUCUGUUGUUGAUGUGGUUUAUUUGUAGCAGGAAGUGAAAGUUCGUGCCAACCGUUGUGCUUUUUCUGUGACUCUGAGGACCAAAAGGCUUCAUUAAGAAAACUUCUCCAUAAAACAUAAAAGUAUAAAUAUCUGGUUGUAUUAGGGCCGUCAAAUCUAAUGUCAGCGCAGAAAAUCAUCUAAAGUACAUCCAGAUUUUAUUUCUACAUGUAAAUGAAGGUGGAGUUAGAUUUCUGUUAAUGCUGAGGCGCCACAUCAUUAAUCUGGAAGAAAUCACUUCAUCCUCUUUGUUUUACAAGAAACCAGACUAUCACUGAAAAUGUAUCAUAUAUAUUCAUUCAUCAUUCUACACGGGGGAAUAUUUCAAGAGUGUAUUUCUUUUCAUUUUGAUGAUUUUGGCUUCCAGCUCAUGAAAACCCAAAAUUCAGUUCAAAGACUACAUCACAGUAAUAACAAAUGGCAGAUUCAGGGAAUCUCCCUCAAAACAUUUAAAUUUGCUUUUCUUCACAAUCCUUUCAGGGCUUUGGUUGACCCUGUUACUUGUUCCCUGCCACACUUUUUCCUUCCAUUCAACUUUCCAUUAAUAGACAUGUCUAGAGAACCCUGUUACACCCUGUGACCUUUUAUGGCUUGUGAUGGGAGUCAGUGAUUCUGUCUUUUCAUCAGCAAUAAGCCAGAAUCAUCAAAAUAAAAACUCAAACAUAAACCUCUGUGUAGCAGGAAUAUAUGAGUUUCAAAUUCUGAACUGAAUAACUGAGAUCAAUUAACUCAUUAUUGCGUUAUUACCGCUCCGAACACCAACAGUGUAGGUUAAUUGUGACGAACAGCAGAGAUGGUUUCGUGAGAACAAGUCGACAACGUGUCCCAGUUAACCUGCAGUUUAAUUUCAGAUAUUUUUAUUAGUGUAUAAAGUCCAGAUCAGAUGAAAUGUUCCAUAAACCGGUCCCUGGCCAACAUUUAAGAGCUGAGCUAUAACUUAUAUUAAUACAUUUAUAUUUAUGAUGUAACAUUAAUAGUGCCAUAAACUGGACCAUAUUGACACUUUUCAGGAAAUCAGCUGAUGUGACCAUCAGCCAUGCAGUCGGACCUGCACAUGAAGCUGACACGUCUAGACCCCAGGAGGAAUGGGGGACUUAUCAGGCAGUAACCAGAGCAUCCGAUAGUGGGUCAGAACACCAGAGGAUCCUGUUCACACUGAGGGGAUGUAAUCCAAAUGUUCGCAGAUUGACGCCUCUGAUAUAAAAUAUAAUAAGAGAAACGUAUCUGAGCCCGUAUCUGUACAGAUGGAUCUUUGGUUUUUGGGAUGAAUGCGAUCAUGGUACUGGUACAUGACCGGUACCGGUCCUAAUCUAGGCCACGUUUGACCCAUGAAACUCUUUUCUUGCUUCAGCUGAGUCAUUUUACUCUCUUUAUUCUCACUGUUACACAGAAGGUUAGGAUGUGAUGAGGACAGUUGUCCUUCAAGAAAUCCUCAGAACUUUUAUUAAUGAGAGUUUAAUGACUGGGUGAUAAGCAGAUCCAGACAUUCAGAAAACUCCAAACUCCAUUUAUACCAGUGCAAGUUACCAUGAUGUUAGGCAUGCUGCACUGCUCAGGUUGUGUAUGCGUGCUGAGGCUGCUGGUUGGAACGGUCCACCUGCUCAACCGAUACUGGUCGUUCCACAUUGGUUGUUCGGGAUUGAAGAUAGCGUGGUUGUUGGUUCCAGAUGGUCGGGUUAGAGUAUUUCAGAACCCACAACCAUCCCAGGUUUACAGAGGCUGGUCUGAAGAAGAGAAAAUAUCCAGUGAGCAGCAGCUGUGUGGAGAAAGAUACCUUGUUGAUGUCAGGUAGCCCUAGUAUGUGGGAGUGAGGUGUGAAUGGCAGAUUUUCUUAGAAGAAGGCUUAGACGUUUUUAGUUUCUGCCUGUAGGUUGGAAUAAGAUGAAGCAGGCAGUGAUCAGAAAGUCCCAAAGCAGCCAUGGGGACAGCCUAUUAUUCAUCUUUUAAAGUUGUGUAGCAGUGGUCCAGAGUGUUUUUAUUCCUGGUUGGACACUAAAUAUGCUGUCUGCAUUUGGGAAGUUCGUUGGAGAGGAUUGCACUGUUAAAAUUCCCAAGAACAAUGAUGAGAGUCUGGAGGCUUUUCUCCACACCUGUUAUCAGCUAGGCGAGCUGCUUCUCAGCUUCUGAUGUGCAGCUUAGUGGUGGGAUGUGAACACCAACCAGAACAAAUGAGAACUCCCUCAAUGAAUAAAAGGGUUAACAGUUUAUAUAAAAUAUAGACUCCAGAUGAGGACUACAUGUCUUCUAUUGAGGCAGUGUAAGGCAGUUUUGAAAGCAAAAGGGGGUCCAAGCUGGUACUAGCAAGGUGUACCUAAUAGAGGGUCCAGUAAAUGUGGUUUAGUGUUUUGACAGCUCUGCUGACCUGGACUACAAUCUGCUCUGAUGUUACUCUCUCCUCCACAAACAACAGACUGAAACCAACAGACUGAAGCUAAACGCAGUUUAUGGGCUGCUAGCAGAACUUCAGUCAUUAGGUUACAUGUGACUAAACUUCUACUUUACUGUUCCAAAUAUUAAAAUGAGUAUUGCUGUAUGCUGUAUUUUAUUGCAACAGUGUUGUUUUUCUCCAGUUUGAGAAGCUGGAAAUCUUCUCAGCUCGAAGCCCAAAGAUGAAUUUCCAGCUGGUUUUCCUCCUGCUGUAUUACAGGCAUCUUGCAGUUCAGUCUGUAAAGUUGGUGGAAGGAUAACACCAAUGAAAACCACCACACAACAUGUGGUCCACAGUCAGGUCAGAACACAGCAGCUGGCAUGAGAAACUCUAGAGAGCAGCAGUCAGGACUCUCAUGUCCGUCUCAUUGAUUUGCUUCAGUCUGCCGUCAGAUGUGGAGACGCCUCUUACAAUAAAAAAUAAAGCGUCCCACAUGAUUUUUGUCAUUAUGCUGAGGAAGGUGCACUGAAGCAGUUUCCUGUUGUCUGUGUCUCCGUCCUGUGAUGGCUUUCUUCAGAUGUUGAAGGAAAGUGCCUGAAGCCUCCUCUUCAUUGUGUCCUCAUCUAUCUUUCACUGGAAUAUAACUGUAUAAGUAAAACAGCAAAGGAGCAAGUCAUCAGUUUGUCUUUUUAUACAUAACUUACAUUUAUACCACUGUAAAAAACUGAAUAUAUAAAUAUAUACUGUAUAUGUAUCAGGUCAGCGAUGUACAUUUUUCAGUUCUAUUUUUUUAUUGUUUCUAAAAUGAUGUAUGUCAAAGAUACAAACAAAAAGACUAAAAUCUGAAAAAUAAAACACUUGAAUAUUG